GGGCGCUGCAGCCCGCCGAGCCUCCCGCGGGCCCGGGCUGGGGUCGCGCUGGCUGGGACUCGGCUCCCCGCCCGCCGCGGCCAUGGAGGACGAUCGGAAGGACGGAGCUUACGGGACUCCACAAAAGUAUGACCCUACUUUCAAAGGGCCUAUCUACAACAGGGGAUGCACGGAUGUCAUCUGUUGCGUGAUUCUGCUCCUGGCCAUCGUGGGCUACGUGGCUGUGGGUAUCAUAGCCUGGACUCACGGGGAUCCCCGGAAGGUGAUCUACCCCACUGAUAGCCGGGGCGAGUUCUGUGGACAGAAAGGCACAAAAAACGCGAAUAAACCCUUCCUGUUUUAUUUCAACAUUGUGAAGUGUGCCAGCCCCCUGGUCCUGUUGGAAUUCCAAUGUCCCACUCCUCAGAUCUGCGUGGAACAAUGCCCGGACCGCUACCUCACAUUCCUCAACGCGCGCAACUCCAGAGACUUUGACUACUACAAGCAGUUUUGUCUUCCUGGCUUCAAUAACAAUAAGGGGGUGGCCGAAGUGCUUCGAGAUGGCGAGUGCCCUGCGGUCCUCACCCCCAGCAAACCCCUGGCCCAGCGGUGCUUCCCCGCCAUCCACGCCCACAAGGGGGUCCUCAUGGUGGGCAACGAGACGACCUACGAGGACGGGCUGGGAUCUCGGAAGAACAUCACGGAGCUGGUGGAGGGCGCCAAGAAGGCCAAUGGAGUCCUUGAGGCCCGGCAGCUGGCCAUGCGGAUAUUUGAAGAUUACACGGUGUCCUGGUACUGGAUUGUCAUAGGCCUGGUCAUCGCCAUGGUGUUGAGUCUCCUCUUCAUCAUCCUGUUGCGCUUUCUGGCUGGCAUUAUGGUCUGGGUGAUGGUUGUCAUGGUGAUUCUGGUCCUGGGCUAUGGAAUCUUUCACUGCUACAUGGAAUAUUCCCGACUGCGCGGUGAGGCUGGCUCCGACGUGUCUCUGAUAGAUCUUGGUUUCCAGACAGACCUCCGGGUGUACUUGCACUUAAGACAGACCUGGAUGGCUUUCAUGAUUAUUCUGAGUAUCCUGGAAGUGAUUAUCAUUUUGCUACUCAUCUUUCUCCGCAAGAGAAUUCUCAUUGCCAUCGCGCUCAUCAAAGAAGCCAGCAGGGCUGUAGGGUACGUCAUGUGCUCCAUGCUCUACCCGCUGGUCACCUUCUUCCUGCUGUGUCUUUGUAUCGCCUACUGGGCCAGCACUGCUGUCUUUCUGUCCACUUCUAACGAAGCUGUGUAUAAGAUUUUUGAUGACGCCUCCUGUCCACUUGUUGGGAAAACCUGUAACCCUCAGAACUUCCCCUCCUUGAAUGAGUCGCGUCUCUGUCCCAAUGGCCGCUGCCAGUUUGCCUUCUAUGGCGGUGAGUCCGGCUAUCACCGUGCUCUGCUGGGGCUGCAGAUCUUCAAUGCCUUCAUGUUCUUCUGGCUGGCCAACUUCGUGCUAGCGCUGGGUCAGGUCACCCUGGCAGGGGCCUUUGCCUCCUACUACUGGGCCCUGCGGAAGCCAGAUGACAUGCCUGCCUUCCCGCUCUUUUCUGCCUUUGGACGGGCGCUCAGGUAUCACACGGGAUCGCUGGCGUUUGGUGCCCUCAUUCUGGCCAUUGUGCAGAUCAUCCGAGUGCUGCUUGAGUAUUUGGAUCAACGCCUGAAAGCCGCAGAGAACAAGUUUGCCAAAUUUCUCAUGACCUGUCUCAAGUGCUGCUUCUGGUGCCUGGAAAAGUUCAUCAAAUUCCUCAACAGGAACGCCUAUAUCAUGAUCGCCAUCUACGGCACCAACUUCUGCACGUCUGCCAGGAACGCCUUCUUCUUGCUCAUGAGAAACAUCAUCAGAGUGGCUGUCCUGGACAAAGUUACCGACUUCCUGUUCCUGUUGGGCAAGCUUCUGAUUGUGGGUAGUGUGGGGAUCCUCGCUUUCUUCUUCUUCACCCACCGAAUCCGGAUUGUGCAGGAUACAGCUCCGCCUCUCAAUUAUUACUGGGUGCCUAUCUUGACGGUGAUCGUCGGCUCCUACUUAAUCGCUCAUGGCUUCUUCAGCGUCUACGGCAUGUGUGUGGACACGCUGUUCCUCUGCUUCUUGGAGGACCUGGAGAGGAAUGACGGCUCCGCAGAGAGGCCUUACUUCAUGUCUUCGACUCUCAAGAAACUCUUGAACAAGACCAACAAGAAGUUGGCUGAGUCCUAAAGGCCAGGGCCUCUGUCGCCUCUGUCCACCUCUACCACCCCCCGCCACGCCCCCAGGGUGCUCAGAGGGCAGCUGGCUCAGGACCCCCCGCACCCCUCCAAGCCUGUCGGACUUCACCUCAUGCCACACUGCCUCUCUGUGCCCACAGCCACGUUUUAUAGUAGCCAGAAAGGACACCGUGAGUCACCCCAGCCCCUCCAGGUCCGGAUGGUGACGAAUCCAGUUGGGAGGUGACUCCAUCUCUGCCUGGCUCCUGCGUGCUUCCUGGCUGCUUCUCCACAGUGGAUGGGAAAGACUGAGCGGGAGGAGGAGGAGCUGCUGGAGCCAAGCUCCGCCCACUGGGUGGUGCCAAGCUCCGCCCACUGCCCCCUCCCCUGUGGGCCAAGGCCCCAUCUCCACUGGUUGAACAACUGGCCCAAGGGCCCUCCCAUGCAUUUCUGGAGGACUUUUUAACCUGGACCUGCAUUAAAGGGUCUAGUAGCUUUUCUUCCAUCGGCCUCCACAGCCGGAUGGAUAUGAAA